AUGAUCCUCAAGAAAACGUACUCAGAGUCCUUCCCAGAGGGAUAUGGUGACUGCGCUCUCGAAUCUAGUGAUGGCGUCAUCUUUCACUUUCCUCGCUCUCUCCUCAUUCACUCGUCGACAUUCUUCAAAAGUACGCUCGACACGGUUCCUUCCACUAGUACACAACAGCCAAAGGUGUCGAUCGAGGAGAAAUCAUCACUUGUCAAGCUCUUGCUCGUUCACAUCGAUCCAACUAUGAGCAAACCCCACGUUACGGAGGAGACCAUCGAGCCCUUACUAUCGCUGUCUCUCAAGUACGGCGUGCCGCACAUCCAACGAUGGCUGACAGAGUGCAUGCUCACUGGCCGAGUCGACCCCGUGACCGGACAAGAGACACCAGCCCUAAUACGAAGCAAGCCAUUGCUCAUCCUUCACUUUGCAGAUAAAUACGAUCUUAAAGAUGUUGGUAAACAGGCUUUGCGCGAAGUUCUCAAAUGGCCAGAGGAUGAACUGGAGGAAGGAAUGGAGUCUCUUCCUAGGCCGCUAGAAAAAUAUAUAAGAGGGGUCCGGAAGGAGCGAACCAAAAGAUACCAAGAGUAUAUCGACUAUCUUGUUAUCAAAGCGACCGAGUUAUCUUGCUCGGACUGUGCCAGCAACCGGAACGAGCAGUUUGUGAACCUCGAGCGCGUGGCUCACGAACGGCCUUGCUGGGAUGCAUUUGUGGCAGCGAUGAGCUGGGAGACUUCACCGUGCGAUGAUUGCUGGAUGAAUUCACUCUUACUCUAUCCAGCCGACUGGCAGAUGGAGUGCACCGAAGUCGAGCAAGCGCUUCCAGAAUGGCCACUAUCUGAUAUUCCCUCCCUCCGUAGCCUUGAUGCAUGUUCCAAGUCAGUCAGCCACGCAUUCAACGAGUAUGCGUGCACGCCUUGA